AUGUAUCCUCAACCGGGUGCUCCCAUUUCUAUGGCGCCGCCCCAAAAGCCCGAGACCUUCAUGCUUUCAACCGAAGCACAGCGAAGUCUACCCCAUGAUGCGCAGGUGGCCUUGCAACAAGUGGACAAUUUGAAAUAUUUCCUCCUGUCGGCUCCCGUGGACUGGCCGCCUGAUCAGCUUAUUCGACGAUUCUUGCUUCCGACAGGCGACUAUGUUUCUUGUGUCUAUUGGAGCGGUCUCUUUCAUAUCUCCGGUACCGAUAUCGUCCGUUGUCUCGCAUUUCGAUUCCAGGCCUUUGGACGUCCGGUAAAGAACUCGAAGAAGUUUGAGGAGGGUAUUUUCUCGGAUUUGCGCAAUCUCAAGGCCGGCGUCGACGCGGUCCUGGAGGAUCCGAAGAGCCCAUUCCUGGACUUCCUCUACAAAAACAACUGCAUUCGGACACAGAAGAAACAAAAGGUGUUUUACUGGUACGGCGUACCCCACGACCGGUUAUUCCUCGAUGCAUUGGAACGGGAUUUAAAGCGCGAGAAAAUGAACCAGGAGGCCACUACGGUCGCAGUCAGCGAACCGGCCAUGUCCUUCGAAUUCGACUCGUCCCAGUCUCUGUACGAGCAGUUGACCAAGUCACAACAAGUGAAUAUGAACUCUUUCGCUGCCCACGCAAGUACGACAUAUGGCCAGCCCAACUCCCCCGUGGUUCGGACCGUUGACGCAAUGCCUCCUCCGCAGAUGGCUCCUCCAGCGAUCCCUCUGCUCCCGGACGACUCUGGGAUUCCGAUGUACACCCACCAACAGAUGCCCCUGUCGAACAAUUUAGUCCACAGCAUCAUUAAGCGUGAGCAGGACUACGGCCCGAUUCAGUACGAUCGCCACGGAAUGCCAAUGACCCGCCCGCAUCAGCGCCACUCUUCCAUGCCGACUUUCUACGAGUACUCUCCGGCACCGUCCUUUGUGUCUUCGCAGUAUGAGGAUUACAGCAACCGCGGCUUGUCCUUUGAGCCAGUCACCCCGCCGCAACAUUCGAUCGGCCUUGGAGGGGAACCCGCCUACAUCGCCAACGAGGACACCGGCCUUUACACAGCGAUUCCGGAUAUCUCCAGUGGACCCGGCUAUCACCCGAUGAUGCAGCUGCCUCCUUCGAACUUGACCAGUAAUCACUAUCAGCCUGCGCCUCGGUCCUACUCAGCGAAUCCAUAUCCCGUCAUCGAAGGGUCCCCUACAUACAAGCAGCGCAGACGUCGAUCUUCCCUGACGCCCAACACUGGAAACCACCCAUCCAAUGGCAUCGCCAAUGUUCAAUCCGCAACGCCAGGACCUCAGUCAGUAUCGUACGCUGCUCACCGACCAAGUGAUCUCCGCCGUUCGGUUUCCAGCUCAGUUGCGCCAGUUGCAGAUGGGGAUGACAUCCAAAAUCUCGCUCGUACUUAUCCAAGUGCAAUGCUGCCACAGAAGGACCUCCACGAUAUGUCCCGACAUGGUACGCCGCUGCAGAGCCUGGACCAGAGCACUGGACACCAUGGAGGCUCGUUGGCAAACCAGUCAGAUGAUUUGACUGCUUUGCCAACCAACGAUGCUCACGAGACUGCGGUUCACAACACUACUAGCCGGUCGGAGCGCUCGGCCUCUGGUCCUACUCGGCGAGCUAGGAGUGCAACCAUGAUGGAGUUGGGACCGUAUCCGAACAAGGCCCAUUCUUGCCCAAUCCCGUCAUGCGGCCGAACAUUCAAGAGAUUAGAACACCUCAAAAGACACGUGAGAACACACACGCAGGAGCGUCCGUACCCUUGCCCUUACUGCAGCAAAGCCUUUUCACGGUCCGAUAAUCUUGCACAACACCGUCGGAUCCAUGAAGCGCAGCAAGAUGGCCAGUCAAUCACUCCGACCGAUGAAGACCUGGAAAAUGACGAGCAUGAAUAUGGAUCUCCUAAAGAGAAGAUGUGCCCACCGGAGCCCACUCACUCAAUGAUGAGCACGUCUAGCAUGACGUCGAUGGCAGCUCCUAUGAGCAUGCCGUCGGCGAUGACCAGUAUGGUUGCUUCGCACAUGAUCGCCCCGCAACUACUCCAGCAACAGAUGUGA